GGCUUGCGUAUAACACCCACAACACACCUAUCCUCACGUUCCGGAGAAACGCCGAAUCAGAAUAAGAGGGGGAAUUGCGAUCUGGAAGGGAAUUUGAGGAGAGGGUUUUGGAAGGAGCUGUCUUCGGUAGCUUUGGAGAGUCUGUGUGCGAUCAAUGGUGUAUUCUGGUGAGGGGGAAGGAGUGCGCAAGUUCAUGACGAUGGGACCCGAGAGAUCGAAGCCUCUUCACAAUUUCACGCUGCCGUUCUUGAAGUGGGGCAGUCAGAAGCACCUCAGGUGCAUGAAGGUCGACGAUGCGUCGACCACCGCUUUAACCAGCGCCGCCGCCGACGAUCACCGCAACCAGAAUCUGCGCCGCCGAUCCCCGCCAUCCAAGUUCGAGACCUUGAUGGGGGGCGGAAUCCGCCGCCGGGAGACGGAGUCGCUGAGCCACAACCAUAACCUGCGUGACCGGCGAUUGAGGAUGUCGAAGCCGAGGAAUGAAGGAGAGGCGGAGGGGAUCGAGGCAGUGAGGGAGAAGAUCAUGAAGGAUCUCAAGACGGCGGCAGAUAAGAUGAAAGAUGCGAUGUUGCGGAAGGAAGUAUCAGACGGAGAGGACGAAGAGUUUGAAGAACGGGAACGAAAAGUGAUGGAUAAAGAGAAGCCGAAGGAGAAAGACAAAGAGAGGGAGGAAUCUCCGGCCGUCGAGAUGGAGGCGAGGCCGUGGAAUCUGCGAACCCGGCGUGCCGCGUGUAAGGCUCCGAUUGCCGGAGCAAGCAAUAACAGCAACAAGGGAUUGAGAAUUGAGGAGAAGAAAGUGAACAAUGCUACCGAUUCUUCUCCGAUGAGGAAUGAGAUGAUGAAGUCGCCGAGAGUGAGAGAAAGAGGGACGGUGGUGGCGGCGGCGGCGGCGGCGGCGGCUGCGGUGGAGAAGGAAAGAGCGAAAUUCUCGGUGGCGCUGUCUAAGAAGGAGAUCGAGGAGGAUUUCAUGGAGAUUUUGGGGCAUAGGCCUCCCCGCCGACCAAAGAAGCGGCCAAGGAUUGUGCAGAGACAAUUGGACUCGUUGUUUCCUGGAUUAUGGUUGACCGAGGUCUCAGCGGAAGCCUAUAAGGUACCGGAGUCAGCUGAGAAUGGCAAGAGGUAGUGAUGGGAGGGAGAGGUGGCCCGUGAGGAAGUUUCAAGGUUUCUGGAGUUCUUGCUGACUGGUAACUUUAUGACGCAGCUGGUGGUGUACAACAGUACCACAUUAUCUUUGUGAAUUUGGAAUUUGAUAAAAAUGCAGAGGCUUCUGGUAACUUGUGAUGAAGUUUAGUUGCUUUGAAAGGCUAAUUUUGUUUUGUUAUAAUCUUCAUUCAUUUUUCUCUUCCUUUAGCUCAUUAGCUGAAUAAUCUUGUGUAAAGAAAGGGGACGACUACAUUUUUAUUAGAUAUAAAAGAACGCUUCUUUU